CGCCAGCCAGGCCCUAGUAUUUCUUUGUUUUUAAUUCGGCUGAGUUGGGCAAGGGCUUGGGCCGGUGACUCGUGCUCAACAUGCUGAGAAUAUUUGCGAUUUUUGCCAUUUUUUCAAUAACAGCCCCCUGGCAAACUCGUGCUGAUGAAAUUCUAGGCUGCGGGGGCUUCAUUAAGAGCCACAUUCCGAUCGAGUACUCCCGGGUUGAAGUAGGAUUAUUCACGAGACAAGGGAGCAAAAAGGAUGUGACUGAUUGUGCUCCUAAUAAUGGCUAUUAUUUCCUUCCUGUUGAUGACCACGGAGAAUACAUUCUCAGGGUGUCUGCUCCAGCUGGCUGGAAAUUUGAGCCUAGUGAGGUCCCUGUCAAUGUAGAUGGACAUUCUGACCCUUGCAGCUUGGGCAAAGACGUUAACUUUGUUUUUGUUGGAUUUGCUGUUGCUGGAAAGGUUGUGAGUGCUGGCAGUGAUGAGGGUCCUGAAGGCGUCACAGUUGCUUUGCACGCUAAAGGGGCCAACGAGCCUCUGCUCAAAGCCAAAACUGAUCAGGGUGGUGCCUUUUCUUUCCCAAGGGUAGCUCCUGGUCAAUAUGAACUGGUCGCCUCGAGGCAAGGAUGGAAAAUGGCUAAGAAUAAAGCUAGCCUCUCAGUCACAGCUGACAACUACAAAAUACAAGGAGAGCUUUCUGUUGCUGGGUACCCAGUGUCGGGAAAGGUAACAAGUGACAGGGAGCCAAUCGGUGGCGUCAGCUUUGUUCUUCAUGGUGAGAACUCGAUGAAAACAAAGCCUCCUGGCUGCUUGGAAUCGCCCACUGGACUCUGCAGGGUUGAGUCUGGUCCCAAUGGAGAGUUUUCUUUCCCAGUGCUGCAGCCAGGCUCUUACAGACUUGUUCCUCACUACGCUGCCAGCAAGGAAGGAAUCGCAUUUGAUGUUAGGCCAAAAGAACUUAAGUUCACGGUUAAACACAAUAGUUUGACUUUGACACCGGAAUUCCAAGUGAAAGGGUUCACUGUAACAGGAAAUGUGAAGUUUUCAAAGAAGGGAGCUGGAGUCCCUGAUGCUAAAAUCUUCCUCAACGGUCAGCAGCGAGCGCUAGCAGGGCAAGAUGGAAACUUCAGACUGGAAAAUAUGCAGGCAGGAAACUACAGACUUAGUGCAGUGGCAGACAAGUUGGAGUUCCCUACCAUUGAUGUGCGGAUUUCGCCAAGUUCUCCGAUUCUCCCUGACCUCCUUCCAUCAGCCUUUGCUGUGUGUGGAAUUGUACACCAGCAGGAAGCGCAUCUUCCUCUUGGCGUAGCUCCUGGCCCUAGGACUAUCCAGGCAGUUUCCCUGCCAGACAAAGUCAGAGUUUUGAACACCAAUACUGACGAGUCUGGCGUUUACUGCAUCAUGCUGUCGCCUGGAGAGUAUCAGAUGUCAGUGGUCGUCACUGACAAUGAGGUCAAGAAGGGACUAAAAUUUUCUCCUUCAACCCGGAACGUGAAUGUGAUCAACAAGUCCAUCAGCAUCAUUGAUUUUUCACCAUUGCGAGCCACCCUCUCAGGUCGAAUCCGCUGCAUUGGCAAGUGCGCUGACACGAUGACCCUGAGCUUGGUUUCUACUGAUGAAGAAAUCCCCCCUGCACAGCAGACCAUUAUUGACGCUGGGACUUUCACAUUCAAUGACGUGCUGCCAGGCCAAUAUGACCUCCACAUAAAGUCAGAGCAAGGAAAUCUCUGCUGGAGGGAUGAAAUCCAGAAAAUCAUUGUUUCUACAGCUGUCACUGCCGUCCCUGAUUUCAUCCAGACAGGCUAUACAAUGAGCAUUAAGUCCAGCCAUGACACCAUUGUUGACUACUUCAAUCUUGAUAACGUUAAAAUUGCCUCACUGCAGAUGCGGCGCGGCAGCAACGAGUUCUGCGUGCCCGGCCCUGGGCCCUAUAUGAUCGUGCCCGUGAGCUGCCACGAAUUCCCAGCACCAUGGUUCUCCUGGGAACUGUCGACCGGCUCUGUUGUCCUUGAAGCUGUCAAGCAUAAGUUUGGCGGUGUUAUCCAUAGCUCUGAGCUGCACGACGACGUGGUGGUGCUUGUGGCCAAGGACGAUGGGUCCAAGGUCAGCCUGGGCCCGCUGAAGGGAGUGCGUGGGCCGCACGACUUUGAGUACAGGUUUGAAGUGCUCGCCAAGCCGAGGGAGGAACUCAGGAUGGAACCGAGUGCAGAGAAGCUGAUUUUUGCCCCUACCUCCAAGACUGUGAGUGCUGGAGACGAUUGCUUGGCUGACGCCGUUGUGUUCAAGGGAGAAAAGGGCUACUUUGUCGAAGGACGCAUCAAUCCUGCAUUGGAAGGCGUCGACGUCAAGAUCUCGCAAGGUGGAGAGCGGAUUGCUGUCAUGAUCACUGACAAAACAGGGCAAUACAAAAUAGGCCCACUUCCCACCCCUAGUCCAGGAAACGAGUAUGAAAUAACAGCGGAGCGGGAAGGGUACCAAAUGUCAAAGAUCAAGAACGGCGUAUUUGAAGCCAGAAAGCUUGCUGAGGUUGUGGUAACCGUAACCGACUCAUCAGAUGGAUCUCCUCUUGCGGGCGUGUUGCUUUCUCUUUCUGGAGGAGACUACAGAAAGAACAGCCAGGCAGGCCCUGAUGGCAUCCUCACUUUCCACUCAUUGUGGCCUGGAGAGUACUUCCUGAGGCCCAAACUUAAGGAAUACAAGUUUGAGCCCCAGUCGAAAAUCAUUGGCGUCGCUGAAGGCGCUACUGUUCAAGUCAAAGUCAGUGGAAAAAGAGUCGCCUUCAGCUGCAUUGGAGUAGUCACUUCGCUGAGUGGUGAAGCAGAGCCUGGAGUAAUCAUUGAAGCCAUUGGAACAGGAGACGCUUGCAAAAAUCAACAAGAGGAGGCCAUUUCAGAGGUCAAUGGUCAGUUCAGGAUCAGAGGACUCCAGCCUAAGUGCGAGUACUCAUUGAGACUGAAGCAAGGUGUUGAAGCGAACCAGCACAUUUCUCGAAUUUCCACCUCCAACCUCAAAAUCCAAGCUGAAGACACUGACGUGUCAGACAUUCGAAUCAUCGCAUGGAGGCCACCGCCAAACUGCGACGUGGCUGUCCACGUGGUCAACUGCCCCAGUGGCGUCAAUUUGCGUCUUCGGCUCUACAGGGAGUCUGAUCCAGACAGCCACAUUUACGAGAAGAAACUGGAGCCUUCCUCAGCGACGCAGCAUUAUUUCAUCUUGCCUGUCCUACCCAACGAUGGAAAGGCUUAUUUCAUGCAGCUUGACCCUAUUGGCAACCAACAAAAGAGGGUUGAAAGCCUGACUGCUCAAUUUUCUGCCAAUUCUUCAUUCAGAUACAUUAAACUUGAGCUUGGCACACCAUCAAUUGGCCCCUCAAGAGGAGAUGGCUAUGAAGAUGAAAAGAGUACAAAAGGUUCCAUCAUCUUCUUCACUCUGGCUGCCGUUCUGGCGAUGGCCUACUUCAACCAAGACUACGUGCUGCCGGUCUUCAACCAAAUUGGCACUUUCGUGAGACAUGUCGCCGCUUCUGCCUCAGCUCCGAAUUCAAAUGCAAAUCCCGCGCCCAUUCCGCUCGAUGAAGACCUGAUGGUCGAGCCUGUGUCCAAGAAAAAGGCCAAGCUGCGCAAAGCCUAGUCACUUGAGUCCCCGCCAACUUGUGAAUCGUGUGAGUUCGUGUUUGCUGUGAAUGGUAAAUGGAGACUGCAUGACACUUGACGCUAGAAUCAGUGGUCACAGAGUGAAAGAAAAUUGAAGUGACACCGUUGAUUAAUUGUUAUUCCAUUGUUAGUUUGUUGAUUUUUCUUGGUGAACAACGAUUCGAAAAAAGACGCGAUAGGAAAACUUGAAAUUAAUAAAUCAAUUCUCUUGAUUAAAA